CGGCCAGCUAGAAACCAGACCAAUCGGAGUCAGGGUCAGCCUCAAGGUCGGGGUCGAACCCGGGCUUGGGAGCCCCGGGCGCCCCAAGAUGAGUUCGGGCGGGAAAUUGAGCUUAAUCUAUGCAAGCAUUGGCCUGGCGACCCGGGCUAAAAUUGGGAAUGAUGCUUGAAGGCGGGACAAUCCAUUAAAUUGGUUACCAUGGUAAAGGCCUUAAACAGUUGGGGGUGGCUAGUCAUGUCAAUUCAGGAUAAAAAGUCCGUCCAAAUGAUUCCGUGCUCGCCUACCUGGAAUAGCCUUUCCACGAGUUUCUAGUGAUUUCCAUACCCUUUGAGGUUGACCCGCCCCUUCGUAAACGGUGAAUCCCGCUCCGACAUUACCUCGGGUGGACCACUCCAUUUUCAUGGUUCAACUUACCGCAAUGCUAACCAGGCAUUGGGAUGAAUUGGAUGAGUUUGAUUUCGCUCCACCAGAAAGAAGCAAAAUGAAUGACGAUUGGCUAGGGAAGACGGUGUCCAUCAGUUGCGGAUCUUUGGGACACUACCAAGGCGUUAUUAAAGCUGUUCAUCUUGAAGGUCAGACUAUAACUCUGAAGGACGUGUUUCAAAAUGGAAAACCUUGCAAAAUGCCCUCGCUAACCCUAAGCGCCAAUUCUAUUGAAGACAUCAACUUCUUGGAGGUGAAGUCUUCGGAUAUGGCCAAGAAAUCCGGAACUCCGUCCACUAGCACGGUUAUGAAACGUAAAAGCCGUCCAGUGGCCGAAAAUCUGGCCUCUGCUGCUGCUACGAAACUUAAAACCACUCAACCAGCUCGAUUUUCUCCAGCCAUUCAAGCGGUGCUUGCGGGCCAAGGAAGCAAUGCUUACAAUCGAGGCUCACCUCGAAAGUCCUGGAUGGAAGGGAAUGGGGAACACCGCGUUCCCAAUCGCCGCGAACGAGAAAGAAUGCGUGAUGAAGAAUGCUUCCAAGAGAUUAACGAGGUGGAAAUGAGCGAGGAAUUUGAUUUUGAAUCAAAUUUAGCCCUCUUCGACAAAAGGCUCGUUUUAGAGGAAAUUUCUGACAAUAUUGCCGCCAACCAACCGGACGUGGUUCGUCUUGUGGAUUGUAACAAGCGAAAGCCAGAGGCUAAAUACAGGAAUGACGAGAACGUCCUCAUGUCCGUGCCCGCACAAUACAGGCCCAUUGAAACGGGAGAAGAACCGCCACCGGGCGAGUACGUCACUGACUCGGGUUUGAUCGUUCCAGCCAUCAGUAUUGAGCUGCGCAACACGUUGGAGGCCAAGCUCAAGGAACACGGUAUAUCAGCCGAACGGAUGACCGAGCUGAUGGCCAGAUCGGCCGUGGAACUGGCCAUCCACUUAUUUGGCGGGGCACAUCGACUCAAUCCCAGCAAUAACCACCAAGUCCCAUUGGUGGUCAUUUUGGUGGGCCCUAAUCGGGCUGGAGUGUUUGGACUGGCCACGGCUCGCCAUUUGGACUCGCAAGGUGUGCGAACCGCGGCUUACUUGCCCGAUGUCCCUCAUUAUCCGGCCCACGUGGCUCAAGAAUUGAAUCUUUACAAACUCUCGUCGGGGAAGGUGUGCACCAAAACCGAAAGCCUCCCACAAGGCCCCGUGGACUUGGUGAUUAACGCCAUGGAGGAUCACGACAUGUGGAUGCAAGAGCGACAACAGCCUUGGUUGAAAGCAGCUCAAAAGUGGAUUCUCAAAGCUUGCCCGCGCGUUAAUGUAAUGGCUCUAGACCCGCCUCACUCUCCGGAUGAGGCCUUGUUGCCCACGAAGAUCUGUCUGGUGCCUGGUCUGCCCCUGUGGCAAGGCGAUCAGUUCAAUGCUAGUGCCGCCAAGAUCUACUCGGCCAACAUGGCCAUUCCCAAGAAGUUGUAUCAGGCCGUGGGGAUCAAGUACAGCUCGCCUUACGGGGCCAAAACGGUCAUUCCAUUGCAUAAAGUAUCCUAAAGGCGGGAUGGAUUCAUGAACUUAACUUAUUUCUCAGGUAUUAACUUCUACUGUAAAAGUCCAACAGUAGUCCGUGUAUUACCCCUCCGUAUUUAUGAUCUGACCCCUGAUAAAAAGAGCCGAGGUAAAAGAAAUAUAAGACAAGAAAUCUCCGAA